AUGCCUUAUCCAUUUGUCCUUCCCACCACCUCGUCUUUUUCCUUCUCAUCCCACUUUGAGUGCGAAACUCACCCCUCCUUGCCACUCAAUGCGAGCACAUACCGUGGGGUCGCCCGUGAGGCCCUCAAGAAACACAAGCGUCUCCCUCCUUCUGAGCAGAUCGGCCAUCUUUCGACAGUCUCAGCCAGCCUGAACAGCUACAUCCCCUACCUGCUUGCCAUUGACGCUGGUCUUCGUGAUGGGAGACUCCCCACAGGCGACGUCAUCCACGUGAAGCCCAAAGGCACACCCACCAUCAAAUGGCGUACGACACUUUCAGGCGACGCCGUGCCUGGGAAAGAGAGGUCCCGGGCGCGGAUUAACUCUAUUGAGCACGAGAUAUAUUUCACUCUCUCGUCUCUGGGUUUUACACACGUCUUGGCAUCGAGAACGGCCCUGCAGCCCCUCUAUGCCACUAAUAGCGACUUCCUUGGCGCGCAAGAGCGCACCGUAGCGGUGUCUACGGCGGCGAAAUCCCUGAUGGAAGCUGCUUCUAUAUACACCUAUCUUGCUGCUAGGACCGAGGGGACUUCUGUGAACCCUCCGUGUGUCGAUAUCGCCCCAACUACAAUUCGUGCCCUGGCUGCUCUGGCCCAUGCCGAAGCCACUCUGCUUGCAGUUCUCAAGGACGAUCCCUAUCCGGCUGCUGUCGCGCAAGAUAGGAACAAGAAUGACAAGGAAUGGAUGUUCAAGCCUCCUGAGAUUCCCAAGGUUCGGGCUCACCUGUAUGCUCGUCUUUGUUUGGCUGCUUCAGAGCAUGCUGCCAAAGCUGCCUCCUUGGCCCAACCGACUGGGUCUGGCCCGACUGGGAAGGUUGAGUCUGGCCUUGCAAAGUACAUUGAGAACUUUCGCCGCACCAGCCGAGCAAAGGCCUGCAGAUUUCUUGGUAUCGACGCUGAGCUUGGUGGCCAGACCGCUGAUGGCAUUGGGUGGCUUCGAGCCGGUCUCCAGGAACUUGGCGUGGAGGUCAAGGACUCCAAGAAGGGAAUUAGUCUUAGCCGGUUCAAGAAAGAGUUCUCUGAGAGGAGGGAAGAUCGCCGUGUUGAAAAAGAAACUGGCUGGGGCGCAGACGCUGGGCGAUUGGAAGAGAUCAGAGUUCUCGAGAUGCUGGAUGAAAAAUGGACCAAGAUCAACGAUACGAUGAACACGAAAGUGAUACCGUCCAUCAAUUCAUUGCUGGCGAAGAUCCCGUCUGGUCGCGACAUCCACACAAUCGCCCAAUUCCAUCCCCCCACGUUGGACCGUGACGCCCUGGAGGCCAUGCGAGCCCUGCCGGAGGGAAACGAUGAAUUUGGACCAGAUCUGAGCUCAGAUGACGACGUCCGGAGCUCGUCGAUUACCCCGAUCGGCGCUUUCCCCGGUGCUGCUGAAAGUUAUGAACGGAGUUCUACUGCUACGAGUUCGCAUGCUUAUUUUUAG